AUGGUAUGGCUGCCUUGGUCCCCUCUUGGAUGCGUGGCGGCAUUCUUCGCCGUCCUAGACGUAUGCCAGGCGCACAAUCCAAAGGACAACCCUGAGUACUACGUUUUCCGUGGAGAUAGCAGAAUUCCAGAAGAGAUUCGGGACGCAGGCGGCUUUCUCCCCGACCCGGACGCCACGAGCUACACUCAGCUUACCACGUUCAGUCUCGACAAUCAUGUCAAUGGAAGAACGGGUUCAACAGCUUACGUGUCGACAUCAGCAGAGUUUGGACAAGCGGCAAGAAACUUUGCCGGCCCGGGAAACUUUGUUUAUCGAAUUCACGUUACUCCUAAUAUGAUCAAUGUCAACGAGGCUCUUCCUCGUAGCAAUCCAUAUCCAAGACAGGAGGAGGCCAGCGCCUUGGGCGGCAUUCCAUGGACUGCAGUCGAGGGCUGGCUCCUGCUGGAAGAGGACCCUGAAUUCGAAACCAGCAGCAACUACCUGGACGAUGCCUCUGCAGACAGAUUUACAGCUAGAUAUGCGGCCGAGUUUGCCGAUCAGUUCGAGCCUAACCGGGCAUAUGACGACAGCGGACUGGGAGGACCUGCUCGGCAAACUCGAGCUGAUCCGCAAGUCGCUUUGCUAGCAGCUCAGCCUCCUGACGAAGCGCAACUCAUUGGAGCUGCGACUACGUUUAUGAACAAUCAUGCCUUGGCUGUCGGGUGGACGGAGAACCAGGCGUUCCCCUAUACCCCCCCGACGCCGCCGGCGAACACCGAACCGGUAGCAAUGGAGAGUUUUGACGUUGCAAAUAUCUCUGGUGGUGAAAUGGAGGAUUUGGAAGCGGGCCGGUUCAAUAAUCUCGACUGCCCGGGACUCAGAUCAAGCCUCACCUUUUUCGAUUACAAGAUGCUCCCACAGAGACACAUGCCACGUGCUGCAAGCAUUGCGUUGAAGUCUAGAGAUGACAAGAAGGGUAUUUGCCUGAACUAUUCUGAUCAACUGUCAUUUCUUGUCCUUUUCUGCUAA